CGGAGGCUCUCCUCGGUGUGUGACGGGGUACCGUCUCCUGUUCAUACGUUUUAAUUUCUACCAUCUAAAAUCAUUAACCGUUUCACUCCAACAUGGCGGCCGCCCCCCGCCUCUUUCCCGCCGUCACGGUUGCGCUGUUGUUUUGUUUUCCCGCAGCGGUGCGCUCGCGCAGAGAUGUGCUCGAGCUCGGCGACGCGGACUUCGACUACCUGGCAACGGGGCACGAGACCAUGCUGGUGAAAUUCUACGCUCCAUGGUGUGGACACUGUAAGAAAUUGUCUCCAGAGUUUGAGAAAGCAGCGACAAGACUGAAGGGGACUGUCCAACUGGCCAAGGUGGACUGUACAGCUCACUCAGAGACGUGUGCACGUUUCGGGGUGUCGGGUUACCCCACACUGAAGAUCUUCAGGAAUGGAAGAGACUCCGCCCCCUAUGAUGGACCUCGCAACGCAGAUGGAAUCUAUCAGUACAUGAAGAAGCAGACGGGUCCAGACUCCGCCCACCUGAAGACUGACGAAGACCUCCAGACCUUCAUCAGCCACUAUGACGCCAGUAUCGUAGGUUUGUUCUCAGGUGAGGACAGCCCUCAUCUGGCUGAGUUCCUGCGAGCUGCUGGUCUGCUCAGAGAACAGUUCAGGUUCGCUCACACCGUCGACCUGAAGCUCGGAGAGAAGUACGGGGUUAGUUCUGAGAGCGUGUUGCUGUUCCGUCCUCCCAGACUGGAUAAUAAGUUUGAGGACAGUGUGGUCGUCUUCAGAGACUACCUGACCAUCGGAUCUCUGAGACGCUUCAUUAGAGACAACAUAUAUGGACUGUGUCCUCACAUGACUGCAGAGAACAGAGACCGUCUGAGAGUCCGAGAUCUGCUGACGGCGUACUAUGACCUGGACUACCACCACAACGUCCGUGGGUCCAACUACUGGAGGAACAGGGUGUUGAGAGUGGCGUCAAAAUAUUCUGGGAGGGGCCUGACAUUCUCAGUAGCCAAUAAGAAGGACUUCCUGUCUGAGCUGGAGGACGACUUCGGUCUGGGGACGUCGGACGGAGGAGAGCUGCCGUUUGUCACUAUCCGGACCAAACUGGGCCACAAGUACACCAUGAGGGAGGAGUUCACGAGGGAUGGGCGGUCCUUGGAGAGGUUCCUGGACGAGUUCUUCGCAGGUCGUCUGAAGCGUUUUGUGAAGUCUGAGCCCAUCCCUGAGAGGAACACUGCUGCUGUCAAGGUGGUCGUUGCCGAGUCUUUCGAUGAGGUUGUCAAUGAUCCAAAUAAGGACGUCCUGAUUCAGUUCUUCUCUCCGUCCUGUCCUCACUGUAAGAAAUUGGAGCCGGUCUACAGAGACCUCGCUGACACACUGUCCUCUGAUCCGAACAUUGUCAUUGCCAAGAUGAACGCUGCAGAUAACGAUGUUCCACUGGGAUACGACGUCCAGGGGUAUCCCACCAUUUACUUUGCUCCCAUGGGCCGGAAGGACGAGCCGAUCAGAUACGAGGGGGGUCGAGAGCUCAAAGACUUCCUGAAGUUCCUGAAGAGCAAGGCGAGUCAUAGUCUGGUGUCCACUGGGUCCAGAGAUGAACUCUGACACGUCCAUCCACGCCAAUCAGGUCCAACAGAAGCAGCUGGUCUCCAUGACAACGGACAUUAAUUCUCAUCUUCAUUGCGACUCAGCCCAAGCCGACUGGACUCGACUCAAGUCGCUCUGUUCUGGUGUUCCAUCAGCAUCAUCGUAGAUCGUACCUGGUACGUUCUGGUACCACCGGAAGGAGGCGGAGCUACAUCACUGCAGACUGAUUGGUUGGAGAGAGUUGUCACUUUGGUGACAUCCUGCACGAGCCCACCAUUUUGUUUUUGUUUAUUUAGUUCUUUAUUUAUUUUCAUCAUUUAACAAACAUUACGCCACAAAUUUGGGAUUUCCCCAUAAUGUUGGAUUUUAGCACAUUAGCUAACAUUAGCUUCAAUUGCAAAACAAAUACGGGAGUUUCCUAUAAUGUUAGCUUUUUAGCGCAUUAGCUAAAAUUAACUUCAUUUGCAAAACAAAUAUUGGAUUUCCCAGUAAUGUUCACUUUUAGCGCAUUAGCUAACAUUAGCUUCAGUAGCAAAACAAAGGAGGAGACAAGCUUUUAUUUUGUGUUUUUCAAAUGGGACUUCCUAUCACUGCGCCCAGUGUUCUUUAUAUUCCUAUUUAUUUUAUAUAAAAAAGAAAAUACUUUAUUGAUUUCAUUGUGUGUGUUAAUUGUUUGUGUUUUCUUAUUUACUGAUGGAACAGUAGUGGAACAUCAAACUGAUGCACAAAUCUUCUCAGAGCCUUACGGCUGCCAGUUCCCACUGAGGAGGAGCGGUCAAUAAAACUCUGACAGCUG